AUGAACACACACGUGCCCAUAUCUCGAACAGAGCAUAAAAAGCGACUGUUCCACGAUGUUAAAUUCAAUCAGGACCAGGACUGCUUCGCUGUGGCGCACGAGACGGGAUUCUCUGUUUACAACACCAACCCAAUUGAUCCUCGAGUCAGCCGGACAUUCAAUGGCACUAGCAGCUCAGGAACAGGAAUUGGCUUGAUUCUGAUGCUUCACCGUACGAACUACCUUGCUCUUGUGGGCGGUGGCAAAAACCCGAGGUACGCUAACAACAAAGUCAUCAUCUGGGAUGAUCUCAAGAGGAAGGCGAGUCUUAAUCUAGGCUUUAUGGCCCCCGUUGUCAAUGUGCUUCUCUCAAGAAUACGAAUCGUUGUAAUAUUGAAAAACCAGGUUGUCGUCUACGAGUUCUCGGCGCCACCUAAAAAGUUUGCGGCAUACGAGACAUAUGAUAAUGAGCACGGUUUAGCCGACCUCUCGGUUCAUUCUACAGCGCUGCUGCUGUCACUGCCAGCGCCGUCUUCAAGCUCCUCGCUUCGGUCUAAUAAUGGUACAACCCGAGAGGUUCCAAAAUAUCAAAUCUUAGCAUUUCCUGGUCGCACAAUUGGUCAAAUUCAGAUUGUCGAUAUCUCUCCGGAGGGAGUCGAAAAGAAUCUUGUCAGCAUAAUUAAGGCUCAUAAGGCCCGCAUCAGAUGUAUUGCAUUGAGUCGAACAGGUGGAAUGGUAGCUUCAGCUAGCGAAACAGGAACCAUUGUCAGAAUACACUCCACCAGCUCCACAGCUCUUUUGUUUGAGUUUCGAAGAGGCUUGGACAGGGCUGUCAUCACUUCAAUGAGUUUCUCUCCAAACGAAUCAAAGCUUGCAGUAUUGUCUGACAAAAAUACGUUACAUGUGUUCAACGUGGGUACCUCGAGCGAAACACAACUUUCCGAUAAUCUCGACGGGGAAGUCUCGUCGCGGAAGACUCCCACAAACAGACAGCAUAUAUUGAGCAAACUACAGCUCCCCAUCAGCAUUCCAAAUUACUUCCAAUCGACCUGGUCUUUCUGCUCUGCCAACUUGAGCAAGUACCAUACGGACGUUGACGAGAGUAGAGGAACGAGUGCGGACCUAGGAACAAUUGGUUGGGCUGGAAAUUCAAACAUCAUCAUCAUUUGGAAGGAGAAAAAAAUUUGGGAGAACUACUCCAUCGUGGAAAGAGUUGCCAGUGCGACUGAUAAGAAGAAGGGUGAUAUCACGGAGUACGAGCUCGUGCGGUCGAGCUGGAAGAGCCUAGACAAUUUGUCUGAUUAA